UGCUACCUCCGUGUCUCGGUACCGUAGUCACGUAGAUAGGCGCGUGAUCUCGAGUGAAAUAUGUCAAGUGCCUUCACGUGUAAGUCGCGGUUUUUAUUGCGAAAGCUAACCGCUGUGCCCAAAAGCUGCUUAUUUCAAAGAUUUCUUCGGGUGACGAAGUCAAACAAGUAUCGGUUUUCUACGAUGGCGGGGUCUGACAAUUACGCAAAACUUUUUAGCAGUGAGAAAAUUGCCCAGGCAUACGCCCGUUUUCGCCCCGAUUACAAUGCUGCUGUAUGGGAUGUGAUUAUGGACUACUGUGAAAAAGGAACUUGCCAUUUUGAACUGGCCGUGGAUGUUGGGUGUGGAACAGGCCAGAGCACCUUACCACUGUCUGAACGUUUUAAACAAGUCAUUGGAAUAGAUGUCAGCGAGCAACAAAUAAAACACGCUCAGUCUAACUCCAAAGCUUCAAACAUUUCAUAUCGAGUUGGGGCCGCGGAAGAUUUGAGCAAAAUCCAGGACGGCAGUGUUGAUUUGAUAACUUGUGCGCAAGCCUUGCACUGGAUGGACCUUGAGAAGUUCUACCCAGAAGUUACCAGAGUUUCACGUCCUGGCGGAUCUCUGGUAGCGUAUGGAUACGGUAUAUGGUGUCUGGAUGUGAAGGAAGCAGAAGAUAUUUGUAUGCAGUUCUAUGGAGAAACGUUGGGUCCAUAUUGGGGAACAGGUAGGAAGCAUGUAGAGGAGAAAUAUUCCCAGUUUGCUCUGCCAUUUCCAGGCUGGGUAAGACACGAGGAUAUUUGGCAGGAGAAGGAGUUUACUGUGGAUGAUUUCUGUGGUUACAUGUCCAGCUGGUCUGCCUACCAUAAGUACAAAGAGGAACACCCUGAGGAGACAGAGUUGUCUGCCGUUUGUACCAAACUUAAGAAGUUGUAUUCUGAGCGUGAGGAUCCCCCAGGGCCUGGUGUGAUGACAGUGAAGUGGCCGGUUUUUCUACUGAUGGGAAGGAAACCUGAGUAACUGUUAGGCUAAGGAAAUUUGAAAGCACAGUAAAAUCCAGAAUCAAAGCUUUCUAACGGCAUUCAGAUGGCAUGCCUUAAACCUGCCAGUUAUUUUCCAGCAGUGAACCCCAGGAAUUUAAGCAGGCUGAUUGUAGAAGCCAUUAGUUCCGCUAAUAAACUUCACAUACAAUGUAGUUAAAGCGAAGGAUUGAGAAAACCUACCUCCCCAUAUCCCUCCCUCAGUCACAAUAAUCAUGGUGAGACCAUACUGUUUUUUAUUAAUUAAGGAUUCAUUUGAGUGGUGGUUUGCACUAUACUCAGCAAUAUUUCACGUAUGCAACGGGGGCCAGCAAUAUAAGCAAUAUGAGGAGACCGGACAGAGUCCGGAGGCAGCAUCCGCAUGUGGAAUACCGGGGAGGAAUAGUGAUUAUUAUGUUAGUAAUAGUGGAAUAAAUGUGACAAAGAAGAUUUUUUCAUAUGUCACGAUUGCACUAUGGAAGCCUUUGUCAUUUCAAGGUGAUUUUACUGCUCAAAUAGCUCCAUAUUGUGCUCCAUAUUAUGCAUAGCCCUUCGCAAAAAUCCUACAGGAAGACCCAGAAGAGACUCCCAGCACACGUGACACUCAGCAUCACGUGUACACACACAUAUUCAGGACGGGGUCGUGGUCGUUGUGUGAUGGGAACUGUUUGUUUGUGUUGUGUAAAGCCCUAUAUUCAGGUAUUGUAUAUAUCAAUGAAUAGGUCGGGCAUAUACUGGCAAGUGCUUCUGUCCUGUGGUGUCAUCCCCGUUUUUCGACUUUGGCCAGCUGAUAUCGAGACGAUUUAAACUAAACGUGUGUGUGAGAAUACUUAUGGAGGUCUCCUGCCCCUUCAGCAAGAGGCGGCGAACCAAAAUUUUUUUCAUUUGUAACAAUAUACAUUAAAGGUCCCCAUCGUACUUUCCGUGAGUUUUCACAGUGAACGGGUUGGAUAUAAUGCGAUAUCUGAACGCGGUAUAGCAGUAAACUGUUGUACAUGUAGUUUUAUUUGCAUGAAAUAGCCUGUCUAUCGGUGGAGCCAAUGUCUUGAACAUAAUGCGGAAAAUCUGAUAUCAAAAUUCUCUUCCUCUGUUGUAUUUAUGUAGCCCGUGGCAGUUUUUUCUGUUGUGAUCCUCUAGAAGCUUUGACAUGUGAAAAGAGGAUGAUUUAUUGCUUCCGUUUUACGUAGCGGUAUAUACAGUGUAAUCCGGAUGUCAGUUUUAAUUUCUGUGUGACGUAUUGAUGGUUAGAUAAAAAUGAUUGUUCCUUAUUUCAAACAGAUGACGU